AUGGAGGAGGAUUCGAUAAUUACCGAUGAGGAGGAGGAGGACGAAGCAACACUAAUUCAUCUCACUCAAAAAGUCAAAACGCUUGAGAAAGAAAAGCUCGAAUUGGGCAACCAGAACAAACAAGUGAAGGAGAUGAUCAAGACCCUAACCCUACAAGUCAAUCAAUUACGAAACAAGGAAGAUGAAGCGGGACCUGAAUUGGACGAAUGGAAAGAUGAUCAUGCCGUCCUCGAAUCGCUCGCCUCCAGAUCCGCUGAUCUCGAAAACAAGGUCUCCAGGUUGCAACACGAUCUCAUAACUUCCAUGCGCGAAAUAUACGAGGCCAACAAAGAGGCGGUUGAUUUAAAGAGAGUGUAA